CUGGAACCUGAAGAUCAUAUUAGCAGUGAAGUGAUGUCAUCUAUGGCGCUGUUCGGUUUACGGGGAGCGGGGUUAGGAACUAGGUAAAAAUUGGCAUGGCCGACCAUAGCUAGAAGAAAAUAUACAAAUAGAAUAAAAAUAUUAAUAGUUUAUUGAGUGGUAGUAAAUAAACAACCCUAUUUUGUAGUUAAAACAGUGAUGGCAUUUAUAGUGGCAUAAUGUAAGAAAGAAAACCAUCAUUCUAGGAAACUACUUAUUUGAUCAAGUUGUAAUGUGAUAAUGUAGUGAGAACUUCUAAUCUACUUUUCAUAUUUGUGUUCAGUGAACAGUUACAAUGUCCUUCUUUAAUAAUAUUAAAAAGGUACUCCACUUUGGUGGCAACGAUGCGAAGAAGAAAAAAGUGUAUAACAAUGUGCGCAUGGAGUGCGAUCCGGAGGAGUUUUGGGACAUGAUAGGGGAAUUGGGCGACGGAGCGUAUGGAAAAGUGUACAAGGCUCAACACAAACACACUGGGCAGUUGGCAGCUGCUAAGAUGUGUCGGUUAGACGGCGAAGACGACUUGUCGGAUUUCAUGAUUGAAAUCGACAUUUUGUCCGAAAUUAAACAUACAAAUAUAGUAGAAUUGCAUGAAGCAUUUCAAAAGGAGCAGCAGUUGUGGUUGCUCAUCGAGUACUGUGAUGGAGGCGCGUUGGACAGUAUUAUGACUGAAUUAGAGAAGCCCCUCAAUGAACUGCAGAUUGCGUACGUGUGCCAAAAUAUGUGUAAGGGACUGCAAUUUUUACAUAAGUCGCAUGUUAUCCACAGAGAUUUAAAGGCUGGAAAUGUUUUACUCACCAUGGCUGGAGGAGUCAAGUUAGCUGACUUUGGCGUUUCGGCCAAAAACAAAAAUACGCUUCAGAAACACGAUACAUUCAUCGGCACCCCCUACUGGAUGGCUCCAGAAGUAGUGUUAUGUGAAACGUUUCGUGACAAUCCCUAUGACUAUAAGGUAGAUAUCUGGUCGAUGGGUAUCACGCUCAUCGAGUUUGCUCAAAUGGAGCCGCCCAAUCACGAGAUGUCGCCUAUGAGGGUUCUACUUAAGAUACAGAAAUCAGAUCCACCCAAACUUGAACAGCCUUCCAAAUGGUCGAAAGAAUUUAACGACUUUCUGACAAAAGCACUUAUUAAGGAUCCACAGAAAAGGCCAGGUUGUGAAGAACUGCUGAAGCACCCCUUUAUUAAUUGUACAUUAGACUCAAAACCCGUCCGUGAUUUAUUAUUAGAGUACAAAGCAGAAGUCGUCGAAGAAGAUCUUACGGAUGACGAUCCAGAGGACAACCGAACGUCUCAAGUGCCUCUGGAUAUCGAAGAUGAUUCUACAUCUGUAAAAAGCAACGAAGUUGAUAAUAAAGUUCCUGAACCCGUCCAAACAUCUCCAAUACCAACACAACCUGAAACAGCUACCCAGAAAGAAAAGGAAGCAAAGAAACCAACAACUGCGGAAGAAGAUCGGCCUAAAACAGCUACUCCAGCUGUGGCAGCAUCACAAAAUGAGAAAAAACAAGUUGAUAAAAAAGAAGACAACCAAAGAAAACCAUCGCGCGACAAGGGUAAAGCUCCACCGCCUCCACCGCUUCAAACACAACAGUCCACCAGCUCAACCUCAUCAGAUAAAAGCUCGCCUCUUCCCGAAAAAGAGAAAGAAAAAUCACCCGCGCCGCCUCCACCUCCGAUCCCCGUCGCUUUUCCAACCCUUCCAACACCGCCAUCGUCUCCGAUCACGCCGCCCGAUACACCGCCCGAUGCUAGUCCGCCUCGUGUCCAAGACUUCCCACCGCGUGUUCAAGAAGAGGUCAAACCUAGCGAUAGUCCUAUACCGCAGCCAUCCACCUCCGAGGAACCCGCUCCUAGUAAAAUCUUAGAGAAACAACGAUCUGUAGAAAAGGAAAAAGUCGAUGAAAUCGACACCACGGUGAAUGUAACUAAACCAAAAGAAGAUACAGUCGUGAAUGUAGAAGAAGAUAAAAAAGAACCUACGGUUAAUAUCGCCGAAAUCAAAAAAGCUUUAGAAAAUCAUAUAGGAAAAAGGUAUUCAAAGGAAAAAAUCGAACAAUCUGCUCCGUUAGAUAAUGAUACUAAAGUGGAAGAUGUGCCUUCGGACAAGAUCGGCGAUAUUGUUACCGUUACCAGCUCCAACGCUACUACACCUGACGAUAGCUUAAACCUUAUCAUGGUGUCUACUCCGCAGUCCGAAAGAAACAAAAAUACCUCCACGAUCACUAUUAACUCCAAUUUGCCAGAUACGUCGAAUAGUUUAGCCUCAAAUAUUAGUCAGGUUACGGUGGUAACGACCCAUCCACCUGUAAUAAUCGACAAUUCUCUUCCUCCCAGAGCUUCCUCGUCAUCUCCCAGUAAUAAUAGUACAAGCGAAGUAGUGAUCGUAGCAAAUGAAACCAACAAGACCCACAUAGAGUCUUCCGACGACGAAUUUUGUCCUUCGUUGGAUUCGCUGGAAUAUCCGCCGCCUUCCGAAUUCAGAGACAAGCCGCUCAAAGCGAAGAAGCUGGACGAAAGUGAGGUUAUGAUUACUGAUUCUAGUUACGUUAUUAACGAUUCUGGUUUAGAUGUGUCGGAAAAUAAUUCCAGGCUUUUGGACACCAGCCACGUGUCGGUUGUGAAGAUAGACGAAGAAAAAGUUCAAGUCAAAGACUCGACGUCCUACCUAAGCGAUAAAUCCACUGAUUAUCGAGGAUCUACAAGCGAUUUGUCGAAUACAUCAUCGGGGAAAACGAGUAGUACAAAGAGCGAAUACGGAGACGAAUUUAAAGGUACUCACAUCAUUUUGGACGGUUCCAACGUGGAAAAACUCGACGGCAAACCUAAGAUGAACGGACAAGUUGUCAAUGCUAGCAGCAAGGAAGAUAUUUAUAAAAAACCUUUCAAUGGAAAAUUGUAUGCAGAGAGUUUCGAGUCGGCAAUGUCAGAUAGGUCUCACAGUGACUGUGGAUCAGUACGAAGCAACGAUUCUCAUAGGAGACCCAUUUCCGGAGCCAGCAAAAGUAUUGAACAAUCUGAUAUUGAAAGUAUCUCUUUAGCUAGUCAAGAAAGUAGGGGAAGUACUGAGAAGGACGAAAAACGGUUCUUACCAAAUGAUAUCGAGGAGAGCGAUGACGCCGCAGUUGUGUUACGAAAGCCUCCAAAAACCAAGUUAGAAACAAUAGCAAUGCAAAACCGUAAGACGAGAAAAAGAACUAGAAAAUUCGUAAUAGAUGGAGUGUUAAUAACGACCACUACAAGUAAAGUAAUAUACGGUGACGAAGAUAACUACAAUCUGAGUGAUCCGCACAGCGACAGGAAACAAGAACUCAGAGAACUAAAGUACUUGCAAAAGCAAGAACAAAAGCAGUUCCAAGAUCUUGCCACUAAAGAACAAAUAGCCAUAGAACAACAGGAUAGAAAGUUCGAACAGGAACGACAGAACCUGGAGAGAACGUACGAAAACGACCUGGAAUUGCUAAGUCGGCAGCAGAGGUUGUUGAUAGAAAGAGCCGAGGCGCAUCAAGACGCCGAUCUUCGAGCUACCUCUAAAAAGAUUCGAGCUGAACAGGAGAGGGAGUUGAAACAAUUUAGGGAAACCCUUAAAGCGGAACUUAGAUUACUUAAAUACGAGAUAGAUUUGCUGCCGAAAGAACGACGCAAAAACGAAUUCAAAGUCAAGAAAGAUAAACUAGAUGCCGAACAUCUUGAAAGGGAAAAAUCAUUUUUAGAAAAAUUAAACGAGAAUCACGAAACUUCUUUGAGAAGGCUCAGCGAUUCGCAUAGGGAGAAAAUUGCUCUGAUGGAGCGACAGUUCUUGCAACAGAAACACCAAUUAACUCGGACGAGAGAAGCGGCUCUUUGGGAAUUGGAAGAGAAGCAUAUACACGAAAAACACCAGCUCAUAAAGAGACAGAUUAAGGAAAUUUUCAUACUACAGAGGCAUCAAAUGUUAACCAGGCACGAAAAGGAGAAGGAGCAAAUAAAGAGGAGAGCAGCGAGGAAGGAAGAGGAGUUGCUUAAGAAGCAGCAAAUAGAAAGGAGGUCGUUACCAAAGAGGAUACGGGCAGAAAUGAAAGCCAGGGAAGCCAUGUUCAGGGAAUCAAUGAGGAUAUCUAUUUCCGGAGCUAAUGAUCCCGACUUAGAAAAAAAUAGGUUUAAAGAGUUUCAAGAGAAGGAGAAAAAACGUUACCAAGCAGAGCAGCAACGUUUCGAAUUGAAACACCAACGCCAGCUCGAGGAACUGAGAGCAAUGAGCGAUGCGACCAUCAAAGAGCUCGAGCAGCUUCAAAACGAGAAACGAAAGAUGCUCCUCGAACAUGAACAUCUGAAAUUGAAGCAGCGGGAGGAGGCUUUCAGCGUGGAGUUAAGAGAGUGGAAGGCAAAGUUGAAGCCCAGGAAACAGAAACUGGAAGAAGCAUUCGCCCAACAAUUGGAAGAACAAGAAAGAAUUUACGGUCCAAUAACGCCCUUAGUUUUGCCCUCAGAUCUACCGGAGUUCAACUCCAGCUCUAAGAGAAACAGUUUUUCGUCUGAUGGAUAGAUAAGUUUUGAUUUCUGUGCAUUAAUCGUCGUACCACAUUGGAUAAAUAGUUAAAGUGCCUGUUCAAUAGACGUUAGGAAACAGUUUUAUCGUUUGUAUAAAUGAGAUUACAAUCAGUAAAAAUUUAUGGACUAUUAUAAUUUUUAUAGAAUAUUAAUCGAGUAAAGGUUGACGUCUUCUUCGGGUUAUAUGAGGGCGAUUCCAAAGUAAUCUGACAGGUUGUUGUGAGUAAUUGUUCUUGCAAGUUUUAUGACAAAAUCAUCCUAGAAAAUUACUUGGUAUUUCUGUACAGUCUCAAAAGGGGUGUGGGGUAACGUAAUGAUAACUCAUGACGUUUGACAUGAAAAGUGACUUUUAACUAGUCACAUAUUAUGUCAAAAACUCAUGUACCAUCUUAAAACGUAACAUUCCACGACAUGUUACGUCAAAAGUCAUGUUUCACUACACGUCAAACGUCACGUUUUAUAGUAAAACACCACGUAUUAUGUCACUUAUUAUGUUAUAAUGUUUCGUCUCCUCUUUCCAAAUAAGUUUCAUCCUAUUUGUCGUUCAAACGUGACCUUACAAUGAUAAAAAAAUUGAACGGAGUGUUUUUAGAGUUUUCUUGUGUGUGUUGCUUUACGUUGAAAUUAAUUUGAUUUCUAAGAUUUAUUUCACCGUCUACUCUUAUCUAAAGAUUUUGGUCGUAAAGUUGAUGAAGACGACAUUGGUGCGCCUACAUGAAGAAUACCAUUCCCUGCUGGUAUUGGGUUGGUAAGUUUAUCGUUUUUGCUUUGUGUGACAUUUUUUUGCUAUACAGCCGAAUUUCUUUCC